UAGCUCCUGGCACACCCCAUUCUCUCCCAGUCAGCAGUCAAUCAGAUGAGAUAACAAGCUGACAUCAUCGAGGGGGCUGCUGUAAGACAGUAGCAGAGGUGAAGAGAAGACUGACCGAAGAAUUUAUUGCCAUGGCUGACACGUCUAAAAUGAUGGCGGUUGGAAUUGUCGGGUAUGGCCAUUUAGGGCAGUACCUGGUGGAGCGGAUUCAGAGGGAGGGGGAGGCAGCAGGUUUGUGCUUGGCAUUUGUGUGGAACAGAAACACAGAGAGGCUGAAAGGUUCUGUCCCAGAGGAGCUGAUCCUGGGUCAGCUUAGCCAGUUCACUGAAAGAGGUGCAGAUGUGAUCGUGGAGGUUUGCCACCCUCAGAUUGUCAAAGAUUUUGGGGCUCAGUUCUUAUCCAGCGCGCACUUCAUGGUGGGUUCUCCCUCUGCCCUCUCUGAUACACUUCUGAACAAGCAGCUGCGCCAGGCUGCAGUGCAUCAUGGAAGGACACUCUAUGUUCCCAGCGGUGCAUUGUGGGGUGGCCAGGACAUCCAGAGACUGAAUGAUAGUGGAACACUAAAGGCUCUAUCCAUCCGCAUGUCCAAGCACCCGUCCUGCUUUCGGCUGUCAGGGGAUCUCCUCUCUGACUGGAAGGAGGGGGAGGGCAGACGGGUGCUCUUCAAAGGCUCGGUGGCCGAACUUUGCCCCCUGGCCCCCAACAAUGUCAACACCAUGGCUGCGGCUGCCAUAGCAGCGGACUCGCUGGGGUUCACGGGAGUGACUGGGAAGAUAGUGUCUGACACAGCGCUGAGCCAGUACCACAUAGUGGAGGUGGAGGUGACCGGGGCCAAUGGAUUCUCCGUGACGACAGUGAGGCGCAACCCAGCUCAACUGGGAGCCGUGACAGGAACCGCCACUUACAACUCCUUCUGGAGCAGCCUGUUGGUUUGUAAAGGCCACGGAGGCAGGGUUUACUUGUGCUGAAGCCGGACCAGCUGACUACCUGAAUACAUUCCUUCAGCCCAUACUUGAGCUCUGGUUUUAAACCUCAGGUCAAAUUCUUUCAAACCGGUAAAAAAAUGCAGUUGCAGAAGCACUUACUUGGCAGAUGUCAGAUGGUGUAAUCACAGACUGAAGCUGAUGGUAUUGUUUUUUUAAAGAUGAGUUAUAA